AUGCCGCUUCGCUCCGCAAUCACAGGGCCCUUCGUUUCUGCCUUCCGCCCCUGUGCGUUGCACAUCCUUCCCCGCGCCUUUCCGCCACCCAUCCCUGCGCCCAUGACUGCGCACAUCCCUGCUCCCGUCGCUGCGGCCAGAGGCGCGGACCUGAGGGGAACCCGCGCAACCAAUUUCACGCGAAGCCGCACGGUCCGCGGCAGCCAAUCCUCGUCGUCAUCGGUUCAUCGCGAAUCGUCGCUGCGGCCUCAGGCGAUCCGCCUUUCCUCGUCGCUCACCCGCCACGCCACCUCCGCCGCUUUCUCUCCUGCCCAGCCAAUCUCAUUCGCCACCGCCACGUCAGCUCGGAUUAAUCUCCGCGGCUCGCAUAAACAAAGCGGGGGAUUCAGGGGGCUGCGCUGCGCAGGUCGAGCGGACGCGCUGGCAUCCGGGGAGGCGGGCGCGGGGGUCGCGCGGGGAGGCGAGAGCAGCGCGUGGUGCGUGGAGCUGGUGCCGUGCCUCACGGAUAAUUACGCUUACCUCCUCCGCAACGCCGCCACCGGCGCCGCGCUCGUCGUCGACCCCGCGGAAGCCGCGCCCGUGGAGGCGCGACUGGCGGAAGGGGAGGGGCGGACAGGCGGGAAGCUGGCGGCUGUGCUGUGCACGCACCACCACUGGGACCACACGGGCGGCAAUCUGGCGCUAAAAGACAAAUUCGGCGCCACGGUGGUUGGCCCCGCUGCCGAUCGGGACCGCAUUCCAGGCAUUGACGUGGCGCUGUCAGAUGGUGACACGUGGCAGUUUGAGGGGCUAGAAAUGCACGUGCUGCACACGCCCGGCCACACCCGAGGUCACUGCGUGCUCUACUUCCCAUCCCUGGCAGCGCUAUUCACGGGCGACACGCUCUUCUCCCUCGGCUGUGGCCGCCUCUUUGAAGGCUCGCCCUCCCAGAUGUGGGCGUCUCUCUCCCGCAUUGCCUCACUGCCCCCGGACACCAAGGUCUACUGCGGCCACGAGUACACGCAGGCCAAUGCGCGGUUUGCCAUGGCAGUGGAGCCAAACAACCCCGCCCUGCAGCAGCGCGUGGACGAGAUCACCCGCCUGCGAGCCCAUUCGCUGCCCACCAUCCCCAGCACGGUGGGCCAGGAGGCGGCCACCAACCCCUUCCUGCGUGCUGCCAGUCCUGAGAUUCGCCAGUCGCUGCACAUGAGCACUGGUGCUGCUGACGUGGACGUGUUUGCCGCCCUCAGGCGCAUGAAGGACAACUUCUAG